AUUAUUUGAACAAGUAAACAUUGUGUUUGGUUCACAGAGAUGGCAGGAACUGUGCAGAUGGUCUCGUACAGUUGAGGUUUGGCAACCAUUGAUGUCAAACAUUCAGAGACUGAACCUAAGUGGGUUUCUCUGCAGAGUCAUAGAGUCUGGGGAUAAAGUCCUUCAGAGCCUGCAACAGGGCACUGAAAAUGACAGCCCAGAAUGUUCCUGAGGAAGAACUACCCUGUGAUGUGGAAAUGGAAGGAUUUACGAGAGAGGGUUCCCAUUUCUCCAUUCCAGGUGACAGUUGGAACUGUAAGAACUGGGAGGGACACCUGAGGCAGUCAGCUUUAACUCAGGAAAAGCCAGGGGCCCAGGAAGCAGUUUGUGAGUAUCCGGGACUUGGGAGGCAUUGGAGUGCAAGCUCAGACCUUUCAACAUCUCGGAGGAUUCUUGCAACAAAUGGUUUCCAUGUACACGACUCAGAGAUUAGAAGUCUGGGUUGUGAUCCGGCUUUACACACUUCUCAGAAAAGUUGUAUAGCUAAGAGAACUGGUGACAUUGAUGCUUGUGGAAAAGUCUUCAGCCAUUCCAUGGAAGUUAUUCAACAACUCGGAAGAAAUCAAAUGAGAGAGAAGCCCUAUAAAUUUCCUGAAAGUAUUGAGUCUUUCAACCAUUUUACCCCUCUUGGUGAACAAAAAAUAACAAAAAGAGGGAAGAAACUGUAUGAAGGCAAGGACUUUGGGAACAUCUUUACCUUGAGUUCAUCUCUUAAUGAACACAGGAGGAGUCACCCUGGAGAGAGGCUGUACAAGUGUACCGAAUGUGGCAAAUGCUUCAAACGGAACUCUUCUCUUGUAUUACAUCACCGAACACACACUGGAGAGAAACCUUAUACCUGUAAUGAAUGUGGAAAAUCCUUCUCCAAAAACUAUAACCUGAUUGUGCAUCAAAGAAUCCACACAGGAGAGAAGCCCUACAAAUGCAAUAAGUGUGGGAAAGCCUUCAGUGAUGGGUCAGCUCUGACACAACACCAGAGAAUUCAUACCGGGGAAAAACCUUAUGAAUGUAUAGAAUGUGGAAAAACCUUCAACCGAAACUCAUCCCUGAUUUUGCAUCAAAGAACUCAUACAGGGGAAAAACCAUACAGAUGUAAUGAGUGUGGGAAGCCUUUCACGGAUAUCUCACACCUCACUGUCCAUCUCAGAAUCCACACUGGAGAGAAGCCCUACGAAUGUAGCAAGUGUGGAAAGGCUUUCCGGGAUGGCUCGUACCUCACCCAGCAUGAGAGGACUCACACUGGAGAGAAGCCCUUUGAAUGUGUGGAGUGCGGGAAAUCCUUCAAUCGUAACUCUCACCUCAUCGUGCAUCAGAAAAUUCAUUCUGGGGAGAAGCCCUAUGAGUGUAAAGAGUGUGGGAAGACAUUCAUUGAGAGCGCGUACCUCAUCAGGCACCAGAGAAUUCACACUGGUGAGAAGCCCUAUGGCUGUGACCAGUGUCAGAAACUUUUCAGGAACAUCGCCGGCCUCAUCAGGCACCAGAGGACUCAUACUGGUGAGAAGCCCUAUGAGUGUAGUAGGUGUGGCAAAGCGUUCAGGGACAGCUCCUGUCUGACAAAGCACCAGAGAAUUCACACCAAGGAGACCCCAUACCAGUGUCCAGAGUGUGGGAAGUCCUUCAAGCAGAACUCUCACCUUGCAGUACAUCAGAGACUCCACAGCAAGGAGGAUCCCUGCCAGUGUUCUCAGUGUGGGAAAACAUUCAAAAGGAGCUCAUCCCUAGUUCGACAUCAGAGAACACACCCUGGAAAGCAAAAUCUCUCCUUCCCUGUUCUAACCUGGUCUUCUGGUGCAGGUGUCCUUACAGACCAGUGCUGGGGGAUAGCAGCCGUUGACCCAUGGGCCUCCUGGGCUCUGUGUCCUCAGGACUCUGCCUGGCGUGUGGAGGAGACCCCUGAGGCAGGGAACAGGGCUGCCGAGCUCCCAACAGCCCAGGUCCAGGAACCAGUGACCUUCCAGGACGUGGCUGUGGACUUCACCCAGGAGGAGUGGGGUCAACUGGAUCCUGUUCAGAGGACCCUGUAUCGUGACGUGAUGCUGGAGACCUUCAGGCACCUGCUCUCUGUGGGGAAUCAUAUCACCAAGCCCGAGGUCAUCUCCCUGCUGGAGCAAGGAGAAGAGCCAUGGUUGGUGGAGCAGGCAUGUCCUCAGAGCACCUGUCCAGAAGUGGUGAGAAAUCCUGAAAGCAAAGCAUUGAUCCCAGCAUACAGCAUUUUUGAGGAAGAACAAUCCCGUAGCAUGAAAUUGGAACGAUAUGUGUGGGAUAAUCCUUGGUUCUCCAGGUUAGAAAUUUUAGGAUGUGAAGACCAAUUACAAAUGUACCAUGUGAACAAGAGUACAGCGAUGAGGCAGAUGUUCUUCAUGCAAAAGCAAGUACUCUCUCAAAGAGGGUCUGAGUUCUGUGAACUUGGGGCAGAGUGUAGCCAGAGCUUAAACAUUAUCCCAUCUCAGAGAGUUUCUCAAAUAGAACAUUUCUCUAAGCCUGAUACAAAUGUUGAAAGUUGGAGGUGUAACUCAGCCAUAAUGUAUGCAGAUAAGAUUACCUGUGAAAAUAAUGAUUAUGACACAGCCUUCUACCAGUCCAUGCAACCUGUUCACCCUGCAAGUAUGCAAACUGGACAUAAUCUUUUCAAAUGUUCUGAUGCUGUUAAAUCAUUUAAUCAUGUACUACAUUUUGGUGAUCAUAAGGGAAUGCAUACAGGAGGAAAACUCUAUGAAUAUAAGGAAUGCCAUCAAAUCUUCAACCAGAGCCCAUCAUUUAUUGAACAUCCAAGACCUCACAUUGGAGAAAACCAAUAUGGUUACAAAGAAUAUGAGAAUAUCUUUUACUUCUCCUCCUUUAUGGAGCAUCAAAAAAUUGGCACUGUAGAGAAAACGUAUAAAUACAAUGAAUGGGAGAAAGUCUUUGGGUAUGACUCAUUUCUCACUCAACAUACAAACACUUACACUGCAGAGAAACCCUAUGAGUACAACGAAUGUGGGACAUCUUUUAUCUGGAGCUCUUACCUUAUCCAACAUAAGAAAACGCAUACCGGAGAGAAACCCUAUGAAUGUGAUAAAUGUGGGAAAGUUUUUAGGAAUCGUUCAGCCCUUACUAAACAUGAACGGACUCACACUGGAAUAAAACCCUAUGAAUGCAAUAAAUGUGGAAAAGCCUUCAGCUGGAAUUCUCAUCUUAUUGUACAUACGAGAAUUCAUACAGGAGAGAAACCUUACGUAUGUAAUGAAUGUGGAAAGUCUUUCAACUGGAACUCCCAUCUUAUUGGACAUCAGAGAACUCAUACUGGAGAGAAACCUUUUGAAUGUACUGAAUGUGGGAAAUCUUUCAGCUGGAGCUCCCAUCUUAUUGCCCACAUGAGAAUGCAUACUGGAGAGAAGCCCUUUAAAUGUGAUGAAUGUGAAAAAGCUUUUAGGGAUUACUCAGCUCUUAGUAAACAUGAAAGAACUCACUCUGGAGCAAAACCAUAUAAAUGUACUGAAUGUGGAAAGUCCUUCAGUUGGAGCUCCCACCUGAUUGCCCAUCAGAGAACACACACGGGAGAGAAACCCUAUAACUGUCAGGAAUGUGGCAAAGCUUUCAGAGAACGCUCCGCCCUCACUAAACAUGAAAUCAUUCAUUCUGGUAUUAAACCCUAUGAAUGUAAUAAAUGUGGAAAAUCCUGUAGCCAGAUGGCUCAUCUUGUUAGACAUCAAAGGACUCACACUGGAGAAAAGCCCUAUGAGUGCAAUAAAUGUGGGAAAUCCUUCAGCCAGAGCUGUCACCUUGUUGCUCAUCGGAGAAUUCACACGGGUGAGAAGCCCUAUAAGUGUAACCAGUGUGAAAGAUCCUUUAACUGUAGCUCUCACCUGAUUGCGCACCGAAGAACUCACACUGGAGAGAAACCAUAUAGAUGUAAUGAAUGUGGGAAAGCAUUUAAUGAGAGUUCUUCCCUCAUUGUACAUCUGAGAAACCAUACUGGAGAAAAGCCCUACAAAUGUAAUCAUUGUGAGAAGGCUUUCUGUAAGAAUUCUUCUCUUAUCAUUCAUCAGAGGAUGCACAGCGGGGAGAAACGCUUUAUAUGCAAUGACUGUGGAAAAUCCUAUAGUGGUCACUCAGCUCUCCUUCAGCACCAGAGGAGUCACAGUGAAGAGAAAGUCUGUGAAUUGAACUGAUAUUUUCUUUCCUUGUACAUUUGAUAACAUUGAAAAAACCCUAUAAGUAUAAUCAGGAGGGGUUGAUUUUUAGUAAGAGUUCAGUAAGCCUUUCCCCUACUACUCAAUAGAAGAAAUGAAUGAAUGAAAACAAUGGAGGAAAGGUUAGCAGUUAUGUAGCCCUUAUUUAACUUUAGAUAAUUAAAGUAAAGAAAAUUACAAAGACCUCUUAUGGUCCACCAGGAAUCCUGCUUGAGGAACUUGAAUGUAGAGAAUGAGGCACCUUUUAGUAAGAGAUCUCAAGUAAUUGUGAAUCAAAGUCCGUUGUUAAAGGAAAACCUUGUGCUAGGAAAUGUGUUUCAGCUGAUAAUACACUGUUUUGCAUCGAGCUGGAGUAUUGGAUGGGAAGUUUUACGGUAACAUUCUGAGCAUAAUUAUGGAAAUGGAUUUUCUAUUAUAAGGGGAAGGGUUUGGGUGCCCUUUAAGGAAUAGAAUGUAGAGUACUAAGUCUGAAUUUAAGGGGGGGGAAAGCAUUGAAUGGGAUAUUUACUGUUCAUCAAGAUUAACCUUAGAAAAGAUUACUAAAUGAGAUUAUUAAUAGUGGAAAGGUUAUUGCCUACAAGUAUGAGACUUAGGUUGUUGGGACAAAAAGUGACAAUAAUGCAGUAUGUCGGUGUUAAUGGUUUACUCAUUACUGCAUUUUUGGUCAUUCGUUUGUGAUUUGUUUCAGGCAGUCAGUAUAAGUUAUAAUUAUGGACACUGCAUCAGCAUACAUAACCUGAGGGAGUAACAAGAAGCAGAGCUGUAUAUACCUAUCUAUUAUGACAUCUAAAAAUGUACCUGGGUAAAGACUGGAAAGACCCACGGAUAAAUUAACCCAGUUAAUUUAAAAAUUUUUAAGUUUUACAAACUUGGCACUUAACCAUUUUCUAGGAUUUGUUUUAAAUGCUUUUCAAUUGUUAACCUGUUCAAUCCCCUUAGUUCUAUGAGGUAGGUGCUGUUUUUAUCCCAGUUUUACAAACACAGAAACCGACCUAAGGACACGGCUAAUAGGGAGUGGCGCUGAGGUGGUUCAACUCCAGAGUCCAUGUUUUUAACCCGUGUUGUGCUGACUAGUGAUUUUCCCCCAGUGUUUUUUGUUGUUGUUGUGUUUCUAUGGUAGAUAUUUGCUAAUAAAAGUCAAGAGAUUCCUAAAUAAUGAGAA